AUGAAUCUGCCGGAAUAUUUUUGUCUAUUCAGUGGCUUGUUCGUCACUUGGCACCUCUUUGCCGCAGCAUACAAUAUAUUCCUGCAUCCUCUGCGUAACUACCCCGGCCCCAAGCUAGACGCUGCCACUCGCCUUGUCUAUGUCUACCACAUGAUUAUGGGAGACAGUUGCAAAUACCUCGCCCGUCUACAUGAUAAAUACGGAGAGGUCGUUCGAGUUGGUCCUAAUGAGCUAUCCUACACAACGGCGUCGGCGAACAAAGUAAUAUUUGGAACGAAAGCCACGGCGGACACGUCAUUCGAGAAGAACCCUGCGGUAUACAUUCAAGGCUCUGGACUGGCACAGAAUAUUCUGUUCGCUAGCACAAGCGAGCAUCCUCGAUACAGAAGACUCAUGGGACCAGCGUUUUUCGAGCAAGCGAUCAGAGAGCAAGAACCGAUGAUUCAAGAAUUCACAAGUACCAUGAUUGAGACAUUUCGACACAAUAGGUCAGGAGAGGCAUACUACCCAUCCAAAGAUGGCAUCGUCAAUAUCGGGGCCUGGUCCAUUUUUGUUACCUUUGAUGUCUUCAGCGCCCUUUCUUUCGGUGAACCGAUCGGCUGCAUUGCUUCAGCGGAUUACCACCCUUGGGCACAUGUAAUCUUUGGUGCCAUGAAGCAUGCCACCUUUCUUCAAUGUGCCCAUCGACUCAAACCCUUUCACCGGGUCCUGGAGAAACUUAUUCCGCGGGAAAUCAGUGCACCUAUGGAACAGCACAUGGAAUAUUCACGCGCCUUCAUGGAAAAGACCGGUAAGGAUGAGAAAUUCUCCCGUGCGAGCUUUUCAUCCUUCAUUCUCAAAGGUAUGACGAAAGAUGAAUUGUUUGAUAAUAUUAAUAUUCUUGCCACUGCCGGUAGCGAAACUACAGCCACCGCUAUUUCUUCUAUUUUUUACUACUUGACCCAUAAUCCACACAGCUACCAGAAGUUGGUGGAUGAGGUUCACUCUACGUUUACGAGUGAGGAGGAGAUUACUUUCAACUCUAUGGCGAAUCUCAAGUAUCUCAAUGCUGUUAUCAAAGAGACCUUGAGAAUUCACCCCUCUGUGCCAGUCGGUCUUCACCGAAUUACUCCCAAAGCAGGCAGCUACAUCGACGGACGAUGGGUUCCAGGCGGAACAUGGGUGUCCGUGGCACUACUCGCGGCAUACAGAUCUCCGAGAUACUGGCACCGCGCCGAGGAGUUCAUCCCAGAGCGCUGGCUCGGCGAGCCCGAGUUUGCGUCAGAUAAUCGCGCAAUCUGGGCGCCUUGGUCGAUUGGACCGAGGAAGUGUAUUGGUGUCAACCUGGCGUACCUGAACAUGCGGUUGAUCACAGUUCGUUUGCUAUGGAACUUUGACUUCGAGGCGCAGCCGGAUAACUCGGACCCCCACGAGCUGCAUGAGUUUGGGGUUUGGCAGGGUCAGGCUCCGCUGAAUCUGAAGAUUCAUGAUGCACGUACUUCUGUGUCGGUUUAG